AUGGACUCGCCCGACACGUCGCUCUACGUGCCGCUGUCGCUCCAGGACACGCUCACCAAGCCUCGCACCUACACCUCGCGCCCCGCAGCCGCCUCUGCCGCCGCCGCCGCGUCGUCCUCCGCGCCAUCAACCUCGUCGUCUCGCCCUCGGCCCUCGCACGCGCACUCGGCCAGCCUGAGCAGGGAGCGGGGCGAACUCGCCAGGAGAGAUGCGCAGGCCAUGAUGCACGCCCUCGGCAUGGGCACGCCGGCUCCUGCGCAGCGCACGCUCGAGGUCGACGAGACGCCCCGUCCGACUCGCUCAAUCAACCUCGCACCCUCCUCCUCCUCCCCCGCUUCGACCCAAAAUGCCGACGUCGCCGCGCUCCGACGACAGCUCGACGACAAGGACCAGGAGCUCGCUGCCGUCCGGCGCGAGAAGCGCGACCUCGCGAGCCGCGUGUCGGCCCUCGAAUGCGAGGCGGCGAAGGCGGCGGCGCUCGACCCUCGGCAGCUCGAGGAGCUCGAGCGUCAGUUCGAGGCGCAAGAGACGCUCCUGGGUGGAUAUCAGCGCGAGGCCGAGAGGGCCGCGGGCGAGCUCGACAAGUUGCGCCGGCAACAGCGUCGCCUAACCGACUACCUCGAGCGCACCUACGGCCCGGCCUGGGCCGACGACCUCGGCCUCUCGGACGCGCCCGGUCGAGGCGUCGCCGCCGCGUCGCCCGCCGUCCGCACCAAGCUCGUCGCGCGCGCAAGCCUCAUGCACACGCCCACGUCGUCGAGCGCGAGCUCGGGCGCAGGCCUCGGGUCGCUCACGCGGUCGGCGACGCUCGGAGCGGUCGCUAUUCCCGAGUCGGCCGAGGACGAGGACGACGACGAGGGCGCACGGGAGGAGGACACCAACGGCGGUACCUCGAGCGUCGACGACGCGAUGAAGCCGUCCUCGCCGCACGUGUCCAGCUCGGCAGCGGCGCCUCUCGCCCCGGGCCCCUCGCCCGCCCUCCUCGCCCAGCACCUCGACACGGUCCAGGCGCUCCUGCGCUCGAUGGAGGCGCGCCUCGUGGCUCGCGACGCCGAGCUCGUCGCGACUGAGCGACGGGCGCGUUCAGAGGCGGCCAAACUCGGCGAGCGAGGCGACGAGCUCGAGCGGCUCGUCGAGGGUCAGAGGGCGAGCGGGGCGGUCUGAGCGGGGUCGGGCUCUCGAUGGUGGAUACCCUGGACCUCUCGUCAUACCUCUCUGUACUCGCUGUGAUACCCCUCCCUGCAAUGCACCUCUCGUCGCG